CGAUUGGCCACGAGCACUAAGGCGCUCGGGCUCUGUUGUCACGUGGGUGGAUUCCCGCGGGCUGUGGGUUUAGGUCACGUGACGCAGGCAAGAUGGCGGCUCCCGGUGACGGUGCCGAUCUGGAAGCCUCUCUGCUGAGCUUCGAGAAGCUCGACCGGGCUUCUCCGGACCUGUGGCCUGAGCAGUUGCCCGGCGUCGCCGAGUUCGCCGCCUCCUUCAAAAGCCCUAUUACAAGCUCGCCUCCCAAAUGGAUGGCUGAACUGGAGAAUGAUGAUAUCGAUAUGUUAAAGGAGCUGGGAAGCCUCACUACAGCCAACCUGAUGGAAAAGGUUCGUGGCCUGCAGAAUUUGGCAUAUCAGCUGGGACUGGAUGAAUCUAGAGAAAUGACUCGAGGGAAGUUCCUGAACAUCUUAGAGAAACCCAAGAAAUAACUGCAGCAUCUGAAGCUGGGACAAUAAAGUAUCCUGACUGGAUCGUGUUAUGUACCAUGGAUCCAGAUGAACCCCAAAACUUCUAAGAAGUACAGAGCUCUUGCUGUAGACCCUCAGAAGCAAGCACCUCUUUUAUUUCCACAGCCCUUCUCUUUGCGGGAGAGACAUACUGCAUACAGACAGAGGUUACAAGGACUGUGAUUAAGUGCAUUGGAAUUCAGACUUCAUCCUGCCUUAAGAUACCCAAAUGGAAGGAUAUGACCCUGACAUGCAACAAUGAAGUCACCUGAUAAGAGUUUUUUUUAAUAACCUAUUCCAAGUGUACCCUCACAGUGACCUAACUGGAUUGUUCUCGAGUGGCAGCACCAGUGUAAAGUACACAGCAGCUCUUCAUGUGACUGGCCAGCACGUAUCCUGUUGCACUGACCCUCUGUGUCUCUCGUACAUGCAUUGGUUUCCUACAUGCAAGUUCUGUGUUGAAUGACUGGGCAACAAGGUGCGGACUGUGACAGAUAGCAUUGGUUCUGCAGGAUCAUUUGCUUUUAGUGUAGAAAUUGAGUGCAGUCUGCAUUAGAUUCCAGUUGCUCUCUGCCUUCAGUAGAAACAGUAGAAGGUAUAAGGUUGAAAGGCAGUAAUAUUUUCAGUACUCCAGAAAUGGGCAGGCUCAUGAGCCCCGUUGUGAGGAUACUCUGCUUAAAUGAAGUCUUCACACUUCUGGAAGUAGCAUUUAUUGGUAUUUUCAUUACUUGGAAAACUGGGGUCUCAAGAUUAGGUUCACCUACAAAAAUAAAAUUCUGAAGGGAGAAUUUGUGAGGCCCAUUCUCUUAGCACACAGUUUUGGACUUUGCUCAUUUUACAGUUGAAUGUAUUUUCUUUCUUUUAAUGCAAUUCUGCAUGUUCAGCCCUAAGAAGUUAAGGAGCAUGUUUCGAUUUUGUUUACAAGAACUUAUUUUUCAUCCUGUUUCUCUAAAAAAUAAUAUUUUAAGUGUUAGUAACUAUGAUCUUUCUAGGGUAAAACGUAGUGUUAAAACAGUGGAUAAAGAAUAGGGUUUAUUUGUUUGUUUGUUUUUUCCAUUUAGAAAUGUUACUUUUAGCAUCCAUGCUUUUUAAAGUCUGUCAUUUCCCAGGCUGAUAAUCACAUGUGAGAGGAGAAACAUCUUGAAAAUAGUACUUGUGCCUCAUCUUUAACAGAUAGUGCUUAGAUCAUUGCAAAAUGUCUGUCUUUGCAGAAAGAGAAGCUGUUUUCAGUUACAUCUGUGAUAAAGGAGAUUUUUAAUCAAAUAGACUCCUCUGAAUGUUUUGUUAAGGUGACUGGGGCCUUUUAGUUUGCAGUCUGUGGUUGUGGUUGUUACCAGUGAAAACCAGGCUUGUUUUGGACAGCUCCAGUUAACUACAUUUAAGCAGCUAAAUCCCAGAUCCCAGGAAGGCCACUUGCAAAUACUGAAUAUUUAGGUAUUUCAGGAGUGUGGUUUUAAACUUAAUGGAUUUACUUCCCUACUUUGGUUUAUGUAGGAUCGUGUUUAACAGGACCUCCAUCCCUUGCGAACAUGAGGGGUAAGACAUCUGUGUGAGAAGAGAAGCUAAGAAUGGUGGACAAAAGUUGCUGGUACCAACCAAUGCUAAUGUAGUUCUAAAAAUUAGACAUUUUAAAUGCAAUUAUAAGUUUGUAUACUAUGUAUAGUAUGUCUACAUGCAACUUAAUGGGAUACUUGCUCUGUAGGACUAAUACAAGUUUGUAUAUUUUAUGCAGGUUUGUUGAUCCAACACAUUAAGAAAUUGAAAUCUGAAAGAAAGGAGGACUGUAGGAGAAGAUAACAAAACCUGGCAUGGAUGUUUAUGUUUAUUUUCUAGUAUGUCCAGUAAGAAAUUUCAAGCUUUUAGUAUUUUUUAGUGACAUAUGUGUUUUAAAGACAAAAAAUCCUUUACCACACAGUACUUAUUGUCUGUAGGGCAGCAAAUAAUAUGUGCCUUAGAACUGGUAUUUAUCGGCUUUGUACUUUGUCAUCUGUAGAGAUCAGUCAGUGCUGUAUAUUUUUAUUGGUAAUAUGUAUCUCUGUUUUGUAUGAUAACUGGAGAAUUGUGGUGCCUGUUAUUGCUCUGUGAUCUGGUACAAACAAAUGCAGAGCUCAAAGAGUUGCCUGAAUUUCCAGAGGAUCCCUCUGGGAUGCAAAAGCUGUUGGCUUAGUCACCUGAGCAGUGCUCUUCCUUUGGCUCUUCUUUACUGUUAAGUUGAUAAGACACAUCACCUCUUCAGUUUUCAACUUGUUACUACUUCAUUCCCAUCAGUAAGUAAAUAGUUGAUAAUAUCCAAGUGGUACUGGAGAUUUUCAUGCCCUCUUGAACCACCACUUUUUUUCCAUCUUCAGUGAUGUCCUUCCCAACAUCUGUAUGAUAACAUCUGGGUGAGUUUAUAUUGCUGGUAAAUUCCUAUAUUUUAAAACAACAGCAAAUUUUGAUAAACAAUGUGAAUUAAGAGUAUAAUAAGAACUAAAUUCAGUAAUACUAUUUGAGCUUGUGCAGCUCUUAGUGAAGUAUUUUCAUGCAUUGGUAUGUUCGAUGUUACUGUCAGGUUCUUGGAAAUGAAACCUAUGGUUUUAGUUCCUUUUAAAAGCUGUUGUACUAAAUGUGUGGUUGUACAGGCUGUUAACUUCAUUUUUAGAGUAUCCAAUGCUGGAUAUUAAUCCAGCUGACAAUAAAUUCUUGUUCGAUUAAUUGUUA